UCCCAUGAUGCACGAACGGACACGUUUUCCGGUUUUGACAUCACUUCCGCCGCUCUGCUGCAUUGUGGGAGCGGGAAAACGUUACAAAUACUCACGUUGCUGCUUCCGAUUGAAUUGGAAAGCGUAAAGGAUUCUUAUUUAUUCUCACGCGCUUAAAGAUUUCCAUCAUGUCUAUCGGAGUCCCCAUCAAAGUCCUGCAUGAAGCCGAGGGCCACAUCGUCACCUGUGAGACCAACACCGGCGAGGUUUACAGAGGCAAACUGAUCGAAGCAGAGGACAACAUGAACUGUCAGAUGUCCAACAUCACAGUGACGUAUCGUGAUGGCCGUGUGGCGCAGCUGGAGCAGGUCUACAUCCGCGGCAGUAAGAUCCGCUUCCUCAUCCUACCGGACAUGCUGAAAAACGCUCCCAUGCUGAAGAGCGUGAAGAAUAAGAACCAGGGAGCCGGAGCCGGACGUGGCAAAGCUGCUAUUCUUAAAGCUCAAGUGGCUGCGAGAGGUCGAGGCCGGGGUGGGCCGGGAGGACGAGGAAACAUCUUCCAGAAAAGACGAUAAUGUGAUUCCCAGAACUCUGUACAGUUUAUUAAUUUUUUUUCUUUUUUCAUGAUCUUUAUACACAUGCCCCGUAUUAGGUUUUCAGGCCUGACUUACAGUUUCCCUCGUAAUUGACUCUUUAUGUAACUGAUUUAUUUUUAUUUUUUUGGUAGUUAUUGAAUUGAUGAAUUCGUUUCUCACUGCUUUUGGAAAAAUCGUAUGAAUGAAGGUGUAAUUAUUAUUAUUAUUAUUACACUCUAAUGCCGGUGUUUCACAUGCUGAGGAAUCCUGACUGCUUCAUUUAUCUUUUGUAAAAUGUUGUAUUGAAAUACAGCGCACUCUUAAUAAAGGUUUAAUAGUU